CCCUGAGUUUGUGGAGGAAAGGUUUAAAUAGCAAGUGCACGUUCUUGGGAAUACAGCAGGCUGAUUUGAAUGGGUCGACUCUAAGCAAUCAGCCAUCUCCAGAUUGGCGGGGGAACAUUAUAUAUCAGAAGAUUUACGGACAGCAAUUCAUCUGACAACUUGAAUGCUUAUCUCUGAAAACAAAACAAAACAAAUCAAUAAAUAAAACAAAACAAAACAUGUCCAACAUUGGCUAGUGCUUUGGAAUCUAGGCUUGAGCCAUCUGCUAUCUGCUGCCUUUAAAUAAUCAAAUAAGUAUUUGUGCACAAAUUCAGUCUUUUCAGUGUGAAACAAUCUGAAAUUACUGUCCACCAGUGUUUGAAAGAAGGCGUUGCUCUGGCCAGUGAGCAGUGAUACAUUCUACAGUUUACAUAUCCUUGAGCAAGGAUCUAAGACGGUUGUAAAACAUUUGUCCCAGGAUUUUCCUUGAUUCAAGGUUAUAAUUUAGGAUUAGCAGUGUGAGACAUUUCCUGCGGCCCAGGGCAGAGAUCUAGUAACUGUUCUUGAAGAACACUUUAGCUCUGGACCUUGAAAGUAGGUCUUAUACAAUGGAGAUGUCCACCUCUCCUAUAUCUGAAGCCAGGAUGAAUGAGAUCCAGGACUUGAUGUCACCUGCAGCCGCCCUCAGCGUGGUCCCCGCUGCGUGUGUGACCAAAGUGGAGCUUCGGGUCUCCUGUAAGGCUUUGCUGGACCGUGACACAUUGAACAAGUCUGACCCCUGUGUCAUCCUCAUGGUGCAAGUGCAGGGGCAGUGGACUGAGCUGGACAGGACAGAGGUCAUCAAGAGUAAUCUACACCCAGUUUUUGCCAAGGUCUUUACAAUGGACUACUAUUUUGAGGAGGUGCAGAAGCUGCGUUUUGAAGUCUUUGAUAUCCAUGGAACGCACAGCAUUGGCACCCGUGAGGAUGAUUUCCUGGGGGGCAUGGAGUGUACGCUGGGCCAGAUUGUUGCCCAGAAGAAGAUGGUGAAACCCCUUUUCCUGAAGUAUGGGAAAUAUGCUGGGAAGUCCACCAUAAUAGUUCAUGCUGAGGAAAUUUCAGGGAACAAUGGAUAUGUUGAGCUGUCUUUCAGUGGAAAAAAACUGGAUGAUAAGGAUCUCUUCAGUAAAUCUGACCCGUUCUUGGAGAUCUACCGGAUCAACGAUGAUGAGUCUGAGCAGCUGGUCCACAGAACUGAGGUAAUUAAGAACAACCUGAAUCCGGUGUGGGAGUCCUUUAAAGUGUCACUGAGCUCUCUGUGCAGCUGUGACGAGGACAGGAAGCUGAGGUGUCUGGUCUGGGAUUAUGACUCCAGGGGUAAGCAUGACUUUAUUGGGGAGUUCUAUACUACGUUCAGAGAAAUGCAGAAGACUUCAAGUGGAAACAAGGUCACGUGGGAUUGCAUAAAUCCAAAGUACAAACUAAAAAAGAGGAACUACAAGAACUCUGGUGUGAUCAUUCUCAACGAUCUGAAGCUACAUAGAGUCUAUUCCUUCCUGGACUACAUCAUGGGGGGAUGCCAAAUUCACUUCACAGUGGCCAUUGACUUCACUGCAUCCAAUGGGGACCCUCGCAAUAGCUGUUCUUUGCACUACAUCAAUCCCUACCAACCAAACGAGUAUCUAAAGGCCUUGAUAGCAGUGGGGGAGAUCUGCCAGGAUUAUGACAGUGACAAAAGAUUUUCUGCCCUGGGCUUUGGUGCAAGAAUUCCACCAAAUUAUGAGGUCUCUCAUGACUUUGCUAUCAAUUUCAACCCAGAUGAUGAUGAAUGCGCAGAGAUCCAGGGUGUUGUGGAAGCGUACCAGAACUGCCUCCCCAAGAUCCAGCUCUAUGGGCCCACCAACGUGGCCCCCAUCAUCAGUAGAAUAGCCAAAGUGGCAGCAGGAGAGGAAAGCACCAAAGAUGCUUCUCGAUACCACAUUCUGCUGAUCCUCACUGAUGGGGUGGUGACGGACAUGGCAGACACGCGCGAGGCCAUCGUGCGUGCCUCCUACCAGCCCCUGUCCAUCAUCAUUGUGGGUGUGGGCAAUGCUGACUUCACUGACAUGCAGAUCUUGGACGGUGACGAUGGGGUUCUCCGUUCACCAAAGGGGGAGCCUGUCCUGAGGGACAUCGUCCAGUUUGUGCCAUUCAGAGAGUUUAAAACGGCCUCCCCUGCUGCCCUGGCCAAAUGUGUCCUUGCUGAGGUGCCCAAGCAAGUUGUGGAAUACUACAGCCACAAGGCCUUUGCACCCAAAUGCCCAAUUGCAAAUUGGUCCAACUCUAUCCCAAACACCCCUGAAUAACAGGAGAUCGGGAAACAACCCAGUCUGAGCUUCAGUCAUCGGGUGAGUGAGUAAUGGAAUGGGUGUCCUGGAAGAAUGCGAAGGAAGUUUUUUCAGGAUUUUUUCAUCUGGACGAAAAAAAUAUAUAAAGUUACAAUUCUGUUUUGUCAACAUGGAUUAGUGCCUGUGCCUGGUCUGUCUGUUCAGCAUGGGCGUUGGAGUUCUCUUCCUCUUGGGUGGAGCUAUGGUGUCACAUGGGGGCUGCAUGUGGGGGAACCUCAAACACUUAUCCGGAAGAACUACAGAACUCUGAUCUGUGCCUCCUGACAGCUGCCUUUCCUCUUCUGUUGUUUCUCUGUGCUGUUGUGAACUGCCCCAGGCUGUACUACUACUGUGACUGUGCUCCUGUUUUUCCCAUGCUUAAUUUUAUUCCCCUGCUCUUUGUCCUUUUUUUUGGCAUAUUGCUGGCCUUGUUUGAAGAACAUGCUGACUGAGGUAAUGGUGGCAACUCACAUUGUUUGAGAUGACCUAAGAGCUCAAACCAGAUUACCUAUGAAAUGCAUUAUUCUUUGGUUAUAAAAACAUGUGUAGUAUAUAUUGAAAAAAGGGAUUUUGUUCAUUAUAGCAGUAAGGAGACAUGCAUGCCCAAAAACACCACUCCUGUUUCAACUCAGUAAUUCCAAUUUGACAACAGACCUUUUGUGACAGGAUUAUUUAUUUUAUUGGUUCUAACUUCUGUGUGUUAUUGGCAAAUAACAGAAAGGGAUGAAGGCCUGGUUCAAGGUUUUAGUACUGAGUUUGUCCAAAUAUAUGAUAAAAAUAUAAAUAUAUGAAGUGUAAACAGUA